AUGGCGUGCGCCAGGCGUCUGCUGAUGCUGCUCUAUCUGCUGCCUGUGUCCUUGGCCUGGAGGCCCAAGACCGUGUUCCAUUUGCAUAAGCCGCCCUCCUGGGCCCGUAGAAGCUGUGAGAGUCCGUGGCAGCUCUUCCCCUCCCCGCUCCGCUGCUCCUCCUCUCGUCCUCUGUGCCUUGGUUUACCUCCCGUCCGCGUGGCUCACCACACACAGACCACGUUAGUUCUCUUCCCCUCCCUUUCCGCUGGCUCCCCCCGCCCUCAGCCCCACCAGGUCUGGGACAUCCGGGAACUUGGAAGGGAAGCGGAAAGGAGGGGCGGGUGUUCCUCAAUCAAGAAGCCCUACUGGGCGCUGGCCCGUGAGGAUCGCCUGGAGGGCCCGAGCCACUGCUGUGUCCCCAGCAGCCUGGCGUCACGGAAGCUCUGCACCACCCAGACCGUCUCCCUCCAGGGCCGGGCCCGGCAGAAGCCGAACGGCCACGCCUGCUCCAAGCACUCCGAAUGCCGGAGCCGCUGCUGCGUGCUCAGCAUCUCGGGCUCCGAGCUGACCUGCAGACCCAUGACCAUCUUCCUGCAGUGUCAGCCUUGGCGCAAGGUGAGCCGGCGGCCGGGCCGCGGCAGGGAGGGCCGGGGCCGGGGCCAGGGCGGGAGGCGGGCGCCAGGCUCCGGCUCUGUGUCCCCAGCCCAACGGGAGCCGCUGCACCAACGACAACGAGUGCCAGAGCAGGUGUUGCCUCGCUCCGACCGAGGUCAGCCACCGCCGCUGCGUCCCCCAGAGAGGGAUCCUGGUUCAGUGCCUGCUCUUGGUGAGUGCCCCCGAUGCCCGGGUGGAGGGGCUGCCCGGAGCCCUGGACUGGCCGUAGGGCCUGCGCCGAGUGAACGGGAUUCUCCGAACCCACGGAGAGUCCCCUUCCAGGAGAGGCUGUCCUCUGCCGUCUGGACACUGGCCUCCGCGUCCGCUUCCUUGAGCAGGAAGGCCCGGAUGAGGCCUCCGAAAAGGAAACAGGUCACAGGCAGGUCCCUCGGGGUCUCGGCAGGGAACAGGUGCCCCCGCCUGGGAAAGGGCCAUCUGAUGCGUGGCUGGGUGGUGAACCCACCUCACCAGGUGCCAGGAUUACCGGUGACGGGGAAACUCAUCCUCGAGGAAGAACCAGUCCGGACCCGGGAGAAGCUCAGCCUGGAUCUCGUGCCUGCGUUUCGCUGGGAGCUCAGCCUGCGCGGUUCCCGCCGCUCGUUCUGGGCUGUGAAAACCUGCAGGUGUCAGACGCGCCCGUCCUGUCGUAGCAGCGAGCUCCGGAGACCGCUCUGUGGGUGCAACCUGCCUAGCUGGGUGUGCUACCCUUUCAGCCGGAGCCGGAGGAACUGGGACUGUCUGGCCCGGGUGGCCCUGAGCCCCCGGACGGUGCUGUCCUUUGAUAAGAGACACCUGGGAGCCUUGAGGAGGGCUGAUACCCGCAGCUGCCCUCCGCGGGCCGACGGAGCGCCUACUGAGCAGGCUCCAGCCGCACAGGCGAGGGUCUGGAGAGGCCGGCUCGCAGGCGUGGCCCGGUGGGGGACGUGGCACCCGCCUGUUUGCAAGCGCCAGUCCGCACGAAGGCGUGGAUCCCUUCUGCCCGAGGGCGGAGCGGAGGGAUCUGGAAGCCUCGCAGGCACCGAGGCCAGCGCGCGCACCGUGGUACCCCUCCACGACAGGCACCUGGGAGCCUUGUUUGCUGCAGAGACCCGGGACUUCCGAACAGCGAGCUCACCUGGGGACUGCCUCUCACCCACUUCCGGGCCGCCUGCAAAGCGAUUUCAGAGGUCAGUGUCAGAGGCUGGGGUGUGGCAGAGCACCGUCAGGCACACGUUCGCCGGCCAGGACGUCAGGCUGAGGCUUGGCUCUGAGCGUACUAGCCGGGUCCACACUAUCCGGUUCCUGUGUCGUGUGUGCCUGGUGGAGGAGGCAUCGAGGCCGUACCCCCCGGCACUCGUGUCCUAG